AUGAAUUCAUUUUCUUCUUAUCAUUCGUCAUCGUCAUCUGAUAAAUUAUUCAAACGUUUUCGUUUAUGGAAACGUCAAUAUCUACAUAUUGUUAUUUAUACAUCAUUAUUUUGGAUAUUUGUUGAUGUUUUUUUUAUAAUGUUAUUUUCUGAUUGUACGAAACAAGUUGUUAUUCCAUGUUCAUCAUCAUCCAUAGGAAAAGAAAAUGAUAUAAAUAAUAAUAUUAAAUUAAAUAAAGAUGAUUUUAAACGACAUCCAAAAUUUAAUUUUGAUAACAUCAAAGAAAAGAAUCAAACAAUAUUUCAUAAAAAUAAUCUUUUAAAUAAAAAAAAAUUGGAACAAUCAAAAAAAUCUGGCGGUAAUUUUAUUGCUAAAUGGUUUGGAUCUGAUUCAGGAUCAAAUCCAUCACAUUGGCCUGGUGAAGGUGGUCGUGCUGUUGUUAUUCCAUCUAAUUUAAAGGAUGCAGCUAAAAAACGUUUUCCAGAAAAUCAAUUUAAUAUUGUUGCAUCUGAUCUUAUUGCUCUUAAUCGAUCAAUUAAUGAUCAAAGAUCAUCAAAAUGUCGAUCUCAUGAAUUCCCACCGGAUUUACCAACAACAUCAAUUGUAAUUGUAUUUCAUAAUGAAGGAAAUUCAACUUUAUUACGAACAUUAACAAGUAUUGUUUUAAGAAGUCCAAUUGAAUAUAUUCAUGAAAUUAUUAUGGUUGAUGAUGCUAGUGUUGAUCGAGAAUAUCUUAAAGAUACAUUAGAACAAUUUAUAAAAGAAUUACCAGUUAAAGUUCAUAUUUUACGAAAUAAGGAACGAUUAGGUGCUGAAAUUGCUACAGGUGAUACAUUAACGUUUCUUGAUGCUCACAUUGAAUGCUCACCUGGAUGGCUACCAUAUUUGUUAUAUGAAGUCAAAAAAGACAGAACUUCUGUUGUAUGUCCAAUUAUUGAUGUGAUCAAUGAUGAUGAUUUUGCUUAUUUAACUGGUAGUGAUAUGACUUGGGGUGGCUUUAAUUGGCGAUUAAAUUUUCGUUGGUAUGGAGUACCAAAUCGAGAAGAAGUUCGUCGAAAUUAUGAUCAUUCAUUACCUCUUUUAUCCCCAACAAUGGCUGGUGGUUUAUUUACAAUAAAUCGUGAAUAUUUUUAUGAAAUUGGUGCUUAUGAUCCUGGUAUGGAAGUAUGGGGUGGUGAAAAUUUAGAAAUGUCAUUUCGUGUUUGGCAAUGUGGUGGAAGAGUUCUUAUUCAUCCUUGUAGUCAUGUUGGUCAUGUAUUUCGUAAACAAACGCCAUAUACAUUUCCCGGUGGUACUGGAAAAGUUAUUUUUCAUAAUAAUAAACGUCUUGUUGAAGUAUGGCUUGAUAAAUAUAAAGAUUUUAUUUAUACAAUUAUGCCUGAAUUAAAAAAUGUUGAUGCUGGUGAUGUAUCUGAUCGUCUUGCACUUCGUGAACGUCUUAAAUGUAAAGAUUUUCGUUGGUAUUUACAAAAUAUUUAUCCUGAAAGUUCAAUGCCUGUUGAUUUUCAUCAUGUUGGAGCCAUUUUGGUUUAUUCAAAAAUUGGUGAGCUACGUUUUGAUGAUCUGUGUAUGGAAGGAAGCAAAAAUAGUGUUGUAAAAUUACAAAAAUGUUUCGAAGGAAAUCAAAAACAAACAUGGAAUUAUAAUAAUGAAACAAAACAAAUGAAACAUGUUUAUUCUGGUCAAUGUAUGAUUCUAGAUCAGAACAAAGAUAAUGGUAAAAUUCUUCUUGGUUCAUGUGACGAACAAUAUAAUAAAAAUCAACGAUGGCAUCUAGAACAUGCAAUAUUAACUUAG